GUAAAUGCGUUCCAAAUACAACUUCCCGUUUCACUGCAUAUCCGGGCGGGAAACUUGUGGGAGAGAAAGCCACAGGAAGCUGAGAGACAUAUUCUGGUGCUGCUUUGUGAUUGGCUGCCUGACGUGAUGGCCGGCUCCUCUGGGGCAGAGUUUAUUCGCAUCAGGAGGCGGGACUUGGAGCGCCUGACGACGGAGGUGAUGCAGAUGAAGGACUUUCUGCCCAAGAUCUUAAACCCGGAAUUGGUGGAAAUAGUGCAGAGACUUGAGCAGGCAGAGACUGCUCUGGAGAAGAAGACUCUGGACUGUGAUCACCUGAUGGCGCGGCUGGAGGCGGCACAGAGCGAAUGUGUACGGGAACGACAGGAGAAGCUGUCUCUUGUUUCUCAGGUGAGCUCUCUUCGGGAGCAGUCUGUUCAGCAGGCCGAAUACUGUUCUCACAUGGGGGCUGCAGCUUGCACUCUGCUCUGGGGGGUCUCGCACAAGGAGGAAGUGGUGCUGAGCAUUCUGGGAGGGAGUAAGGCCCCCAUGUUCUUCAGCCUGGCUGCCCAAACCCUCUCCAGCUUUGUGCGAUCACUUACCUCAGAACAGCCCCAGGAUGAGGAGAACGAGGAGAGCCAUUUUGUUCUGGGUCUGGCCGGGACAGUCACAAAUGUGGCGGCUGUCUCUAGUGGGCGGGAAUUUCUGGUGUCCCGGUGCCAGGACCUUCUAGAGACCUGGAUCCAACUCUUGGAGGAGAUCGGACUGGGAUCCUGCUGCCGGCUCCGAGUUCUCCUGCUGAUGUCUCUGUACAAUGUCUCUAUUAACCAGAAGGGUCUCUCUUGGAUGAGUAACAAUCACAAACUUAUCUCCCAGGUGCAGAGACUCUUGACCGACCCCGACCCGGAGGUGUGCCUGCACGCGCUGCGCCUCUUCCAGUCUGUGGUUCUGGAGCCAGAGGUUCUGCCCCGGCUGAAGGCGGAUCUGCAGGAAUCAGUAGGGCACAUAGUGGCGCUGUCCCAGAGUCGGAACCGGCAGCUGCAGAGCGAGGCUUGUGAGCUCCUAGAGGAGGUGAAAGUGCUGCAGGCAGACGCCUGACCCACUCCCUGUGCCCCUGAUGUCACUCAGCCUACUGUGUGAUGCUCUUGUGAUGUCACAUCCUCUCUUGUGAUGUCACACCUCUUUAUGUAAAGCCUUAUGGGUAAAGCAUCUGUUUAAAGGGCCGGUUCACUUUUAAGUUAAAGUUUAGUAAGUUAUAGAAUGGCCAAUUCUAAGCAACUUUUCAAUUGGUCUUCAUUAUUUAUUUUUUUAUACUUUUUUAAUUAUUUCCCUUCUUCUUCUGCCUCUUUGCAGCUUUCAAAUGGGGGUCACUGACCCCGGCAGCCAAACCCUAUUGCUCUGUGAGGCUCCAGUUUUAUUGUUAUUGUUACUUUUUAUUCCUUAUCUUUGUGAGAAACACGGGACAGACGAUGUUGCCCCGCCCAGGACACAGUUGAUUGGCAGUUUCCUGUUUAUUCAAAGUUGGAAUGUGAUUUAUUGGAUCAUC